UUUCUGACAGUAAUAUUCCAGUGUCAUGUAGCUCAUAAGGCUUCACGUUGGCUUUGUCACAGUUUCCUGCAAUAUCCUGUUCCUUUAGGUUUGCUCUACAUAAUGAAUAUUUUGUUACCAAGCCAAAAAAACAUGAUACUGUACAUUACACUAUCCACAUACCCACUACACUGUACUGCUGUAUCUACUUGCUGACUGUACAUUUUCUUUCUUCAGCUCUUAUCAUCAUUAUGCUCCCUUUCAUUAUCUCUCUUUUUCUUCAUAAGUCGACUCUAAGUAUCACACACACACACACACACACACACACGCACACACCACACAGCGUCGUCCUCCACCCCAGAAUAGCACUGUUUGAAUAUUGAUGAAGAGGGGUUGCAUAACCGCUGGGAGGUUGCUCCCUCUCCGUGUCUCCCUCUGCAGGCCUUACAGAGCAGGAAGAAGCCAAAUAUAUAUAUAUAUAUAUAUAUAUAUAAAAAAACAGGAAGUCCUGUAUAAUCAUACAAUCUCAUUAAUGACUGACUUGCUGUGAAGGGCUGAUGGAUCUGUUUUUGUAAACCGCAGUUGGUUUAGGGAAAAAAAAUCUUCAGAGAUCUCUGUUGGUGUUGUUAUUAUUCGUAGUCAGUAAGCUGUGAGACACGUGACGUCCGGCUUUAUUGAGUUAGAACAAGUCAAAGAGAAGAGAAGACCAGUGCAAUCAUAGCCUCUUGUUAGUAACCCUGAUUAUGAGGCCAUGGUGGAAAGAUCCCAGAUUUGUAGUGCUGAUAAGUUUGUCUUUGGGUCCGAGAUAGUUUGAUUGUUUUAUUGAUUCAGGCCCAGAAUGCAGUCGUGUCCCAGAACGCGGGGAGACAAGCUGAUAAAAACAAGCUGCAACUUGUUCGUGUGGGACAAGUGAGUUGAGACUGAUGUCAGUGGUGGAAAUCUGGGUAGCACCUUCAUAAGCUGUGGAUGGAUGCUUGUACUGAGACUUUUAUCACUGCACAUUCACAAACAAGAACUGACCAAAACAUGCAACAAUACUUGGGGUUAUAGGUGUAAUUAAUUUCCAUCAACUAGAAUUAGAACCAAGAGUGUAAUGACAGUUUAUUUUUAAAAAAAACCAAAAACCUGCCUUUAGAAGAGCAACACGUCCAUCCACCAUGGAUAGAAGUGCUUGGAUUGUUUCAUUUGUCUGAUUAACUGUUUGUUUGACCACUUUAUAUUAUUUACGCUGAAAAUAUUUGUCAUACUCCCAAAGAGUUUUUCAUUUUUUCACUGAUAAGACGAAAUGUUAUUUUAUUUCAACUCGCUGGUGAUGAACUUAAAUAUACAGUACACCGAAACCCUAAAAAUCGUAAAAUCAGCACAUCAUUUGAUCAGAAAAGAAAACCAUUUCAGUUCCCUUGUGCUCCUAUUAUGCCAUAAAGGUUUUUUUAAAUACUUUUUUUGAGAAAUAUGAGUCUUUUUGUGAGUUGAGAAAUAAAAUAAAAAUAGAAAAAGUUAUUUUUGACAAAACCAACAUGGCAGCAACAAACUACUAUUGUUUUUGUGUUUCUCUCUCUCUCUCUCUCUCUCUCCCUCUCUCUCUCUCUCUCUAUGGUGCCAAAUGAUUUGUUAUAUUGUGCAGUGGGAAAAUGCCCUUUUAUUUUUUACACUGUUUUUUGCGCGUCCUUAAAUUUCUGGCUCUUCAUGGAAAAAUUAGGAAGAUGUGGAGGAUGAUGAUUAUGGUUUACAGGUUACAGGAAAUCGCCACUGUUUACUUUAAACCCCUGUGGGUGUAACACCAGAUUGCGGUGUUAGACCCAGAGAAAGCACCACCAAACUGAACAUUAAGUUGCCUUACUUAAAACCCAUUCGUUUCUUAGCGUAUCCGCUCAGGGUCGUAUUGGAUCCGUAUCUGGGAACACUGGGUACGGGGCAGGAAUACACCCUGGACCAAAGAUCUUCAUGGUUUGAACAUUUGAAAUGAGUUGAUAAUUAGCAAAUGACCCAGUUUUGUCUCAGCAGAUCUAGGGCACGUAAUGUUGCUGAAAUCAGGAUGUUUGCCCAGUGGGAAGGAUUGCGAUGGCCUGGACUAGCAGUACUGUUUCCGCUUGCGACUGAUGUCGCAGGGCUGCUGGUGUAGGAGUAAUGUAUCUCUCUUAUCAUUCACGUGGGCACUGUCUAUUUACACAGCGUGGACCAGCUCUCAGGAAGCGUUCUGACACAGGAAGGAGGUGUGUGCGUGCAGGAGGCAGACAGAGCUGGAGACUGAACACACCCAUGCAAUCAUUCCCUCAGAGUUGCCUAGUCAUUAUUGGUCACGGUAAUCAGUAAUUACUCUUGCCUCUGUGUUCUUGUUUGCGCUCAUGCAGAUGACGUUGUCAACACAUUAGUGCAUCGAGCAGACUUUGGCCAGCAGCUCCCUCACUUUGCUCUACGAGUUUGUAAGUCUCCGGUUGUUUACUCACAAGACCUGUCUAGACUCACAAAGAGUCUGUCUAGUCAUGGUAGCUAUGGUGCUGGAGGAAGCAAUAUGAACUAGCGAGAUCUGUACCAUUUGCUAAUAGGUGAAGCAAGCAUCAGGUGGCGUCACUCUCGCCAGGUUUUAUUUAUCCGCGCAGAUUCCAUCUGUUGCUCUUUCCGCUGCAUUAACCAUGCAUGACUAAAGAAAUAUACCUGGGUGGAGACAGGGACAGACAUGCUGAGACUGUGACAAGAAAGAGGGUCACCUCAAGGAUAUGGGAAAAUCUGUUGGAUGUCCAUGUGGCUGAAUUCUGGACAAUAAGACAAAAAAAAUCAGGUUGGCAAUUUUUUUUUCCUGAGUUUAAAAGACUUUGACGCCUCAACUUUACAAAACCAUAAAUAUAUAGUGUGUUGUUUUUUUUAGUACAUUUUAGAUUCCAAACAUUAGUUUUCCAGCACAAAAUUAAAUGUUACAGAAAAAUGUUUGUAUGUCAGUAAAGAAAGCAGCAGAUUACAUAAGAGACCACUUUAAAAAAAAAAAAAACAUAAUGAAGGCUGCUGGGUUUUACUGCAAAAAUAAGAAGCGAGUGUGACAGUCCAAGUCUCCAGAAGAACUGUAGCUGCUUCUGCAAGAUGCUCAGUAACACUUCCAGCUCAUUUCCUUAUAAAACUGCACUAAUUGUACCUGAGACUACUAUUUUUUUUAAAGCAAAGGAUCGUCACACCAAAUAUUGGCUUUGUUUCAUUUAUUACUGUUUACUGCUCUUUAUAGUCUUUUUUUAUAUCAUUAUUUUUGAAGACGUCGUUGCUCUCUAGCAUUUCUUUGCAUGUGUCUAAGACUUUUGGACAGUACUGUAUUUCACCAACAUGAAGUGGUUUUUAUUCAUGUUGGGUAAGAAGCCAGUAGAACAAAUCCAGUCAGUGUGACUAAAAAUGUCUAAAACUUCACUACCUGUGUGAUUUCCUCACAAUGACUGUCAAGCAUUGCCCAAGAUGUUGGAUGGCUGUGUGCCAUAAACAGACCUAAGCCUAACCAUUUCAGACGAUGACUGUCAGAAUAUCCAUGAUGCACCUGAGCACAGUCGGAUUGGAUUCUUUAAACCCAAUUUUAAAAAAUGAUUUAACUUUAGGUGUGAUUGAGAUACAUACAAAAGAGAAAUAUAUUAUGAAUAUGAAAUAGUGAAUAUGAAAUGAUUGACAGUUGCGCAUGUGUUUUGAACGCUCCCAUAUUACUGGACUCUGUGGAAGCCCCGCCCCCUUCCCCCCAGUCUCACAUUAGAAUCCCCAUGACUCGAUUUUCCCAUUUGAAAGCAAAUCUGUCAAGGUAAAUAGAGAAUGUUUUGGCUUUAUUAACGUGAAAUAAAAUCUAUCCAUUUAUAUUUUGGAAAAAAAUCGGCCAAAAAUGGUCAAAAGGAAAAGAACAACAACAACAAAAAAAGAUUAAAUAGGCUUACAAUAAAGUGUAAAAUCUUACAAUAUACAAUUUAUUUUAAUAGUUAAUGAGAAUUAGAAAGUAAUUAUAAGCGCUGCUCUUCUGUGCCAGUCAGCGCAGCCGUGUCCAACCGGCAUGGUCGAGCCUGUUGAGGUAGAAACUGGAGUUUGCAUAUAUACAGUGUUUUACAGUAAUCACCAGGCAAGCAGCAGCACCCCCACCACCAAAAGCACCCAGUAGUUACUGUAAAACCCUGUAUAUAUGUGCACUACAGUUUCUGCCUUAUACAACUGAUUUGUGAAAGGACUAUACUGAAAAUGUACUAUUUUUAUGCAUUGUUUCCCUGUUAGUAGGUCUGUAGUAGAAACGUCACUAUGUGAAGGAUCUUCCCAGGCUACCACACACAUUAGCUGGAUGAAUCCCUGAGAAAUCCUUCAGUGGAUGUUCUGCAGAAUAAAGAGCCAGGAUGCUAUCAUCCUAGCCAUAAACCUUGAAGAAAUCAAUCUAAUUUUAAUAAUAAUUCUGUUCUAUUCUCAGUAUCUCCACAUUUUGUUCUCUGUCCAGAAUUAUGUGUCUUUGUCACUUUCUCUGUCAGACGUGCUGCAGUUCCUUUCCUCAAGGAGUGCGUCUAUCAUCAUCUGACAGGUUCUCUAUGAGUUGGAAAGGGAAACGAGAUUAUUUAUGGCUCUAGAUUUCUGAAAAAUGUGGAGCAAAAAACACACCGACACAUUUGAAAAGACUGCCCUUUUAAGGAAGUGUUAGUUUAAACUAAAAUCUUCUUGAAAAUGGCUGUUGCACUCCAAUGAUAUGAUUCAUCUGGUAUAAUGCUUUGGAAUAGCUCUUGCCACUUCCUUAGAGUUGUCCAAGCAGCAGUAGAGCAAUAAUAAUAAUAAUUUAAAAAAAAAGAUUUCAAACUUUCACUUCCCACUCAUGACUAGAUGAAUACUGUAGUUGCCAAGGGCACUCCUCAGUGACAGUCACAGAAGAACAAGAGUACAUUUGGCACUGCAUAAGACAACAGGCUCGACUCAGAUUACCAGCAUUCUGCUUCAUACAUGGUAAAAAACAGGCCAGGCCUCAUGUCAUCCUCUCCUCAUCUUCCACCCUGUUUGUGGUGUGUUGCUAUAGUCUGCCCAAAGCCGCAAUAUUACAGGGAGUCGGUAUAAUAUUGACUGUGCACCUUGAAGGAAAGCCAUUGUUGUGUAACGUAGCUUAUAUUGAUAUUUUCCAUUCGUUUGCACAACACUUGCGCUCGAAAGCUGUUCUGCUUCUGCCUCGUCUCAGGUGGAUAUGAGCUUGUAAUCCCUCUCGGAUUCUAUCUGAUCCUCCAAUGGGAGACACAUUCUCGAGAAAGCACCACUCCCCUCACACAUGCCGGGGAAUGAAGAUGAAUCAGCCGUUUCUGUUCACAGCCUGGUGAUGACUGCCGUCUCCAUUUCGGCUGUAAUUAAGAUCUGGUGUCUAUGUAUAGAAUAUCAGCAGACAGCAAGACAGCAAGUUAAUGGCUCUUGGAAUAAGAUUUAUUUUGGAUGUUUGUAUGUUUCGGAUGAACGAGCUCAAAGGCAUGACCAAAAUAAGAGACAGACAAGUGAAAUGUCUAGAUAUUUCUCCUUAGCUUUUUAUAAAGCACAACACACAGCUGACCUCACUGUGUUAUGGUAGUUGGUGACACACUGUUUGUCUUGUCUCCUCACACAGAUUUGUUAAAUGCCUGUUAUAUUAUGUGCACCCUAGCAUUAGAAGUCAUGCACGCAUGUGAAAUCAGUUAGGACAGAGUCAAUGAGGUGUGAUACGUGUGACUGUAUGGAAUAGGAAUAUGGGACUGUCACAUUUUAAAAAGAAAAACAUAAAGCCAUGGAGCCCUGACCUUUAACAAGAACAAUAUAUCAAAGUCUAAAAUGUCAAAUUUAAGUCCCAAAUUCUAAGCCUUUCAGUUCUGAAGAAUCAAAAGUACUUGCAACAUUAGCUGUUUUUUCACCAAUCUGAAUAAAUUAAUUCUGAUUGCAGAUUCUGAAUUAUGUGUAUCCUAAACAGGACAUUUCGUAGAGAAUCAUAAUUUAUUUGUUUUUUUAGUUAUGUGUAUACAUGGAGCGAGAGUUUGUGCCAACUUUCCCAUAAGAACGUGCAGCACGUGACUCCAGUCAACGUAUUCAACUUUUUAAAUGUAUUUCUUGCGUCUUAAGUUUUACAAGUUUUUUUUUUUCCGGAUUUUUCCUGCCAACCAGGCAGAUAUCCCCUAUCAUCUGAUGCCAACCUGCGAGGGUGAAACCUGUGUUUUCAAACUGCUGCUCCUGCUGCAUCACAUGGUGGCGUAACACACUUGAAGGAAAGUCCUAUCUGCCCUUUUCCGCAUACAUGAGCUCAUAGAUGCCCACGGUUGGCUAGUGUUAUGAUUGACAGGGGAGAGGGAGUAUGCCAUCCCUCCCACCUAGAGAGCUCCACAGAUGGCUGUAGCAUCAUCAGGAUUCGAACUCGUGAUCUCUGGACGAUAGGGCAAACCUUUUCUGUCCAAGUGUGAUUAUUAAACAGAGAGAAAACACAUUUGUGAGCAUUUUAUAAUUGACUUAUAGUCAGGAGCAAGGGCAUUUUUCUUGUUGAAAAAUAACAAAAUGCACAUAUUAUGAUGCCUUUGCUCAUCUUGUAAUAUUACUAACAUUAAGGUCAAUUGUUUGGUAAUAACACAAGAAAUGAAGGACCUUUUUUUGCAUUUGGAUUUUUUUUUUUUUGCAUGAGCGUUUUCUUUUCCGAUUGAGCUGUCAGUCUGAUUAUUCACAGAUUAUUAGGCUGCAUGUUAACAUAGCCGGUGUGGCAAGGAAGACUGAUUCUCUAGAUUGGAGUUGUCAACUGGUGGACAGUGGUCUAGAUCUGGAUGAGAGCCCAGCAAUGAAAUUCAGGAUGGGACCAAGCACAAAAUAAACACUGUAGCAGAACCAAUCAACAUAUGAAAAAAAAAAACAAAAAAAAAACUGGCUGUAGUUCAGAGACUCUAGUUUUCUAAACACAAACCAUUGUGCUCCUGUAGAAGUUCCUCUGUUUUGGCCAGCCACAUGGAGCUCACAGGAACAGCUGAAGGCAGCUCAUCAAGAUAGGAUAAUGUUUUCAUAUACUAUUAUAGAUUUGCCCUCUCUUGUCUAAUUAGUGAACUAAUGACAUGGUUUGUUUAAAAAAAAAAGUCGCAGAUGAAAAUGAAGCUUAAAGAUGAUAGGAUAGAGAAAUAUGCACUUACCAUCUCCUUCAAGUAAAACAGAGUUGUCUCAUGUGCUCAGAGUCUGCACUGCUAGUCAACAGUGUUAAUGUGAAGUCCCAGUACGAACCAAACCACAACCACUUCAGAUUGAUGUCUUAUUAAAGACAUCCCUGAACUAAUCACUAAUGGUUAAGCCUUAAAAGGUAACUGUUGUCACCAUUCAGUCAUGUUAGUUGCUUAUCCUCACCUUUGUAAACAGGGAAUUUUGAACUUGACCUUCACAAAUAUUAGAUGAAGUUGAGCAACCGACUGGAUACUAGUGCGUGAGUUGGCUUUUGUUUCGAUCCUUAUGGCUGAGGAUACCUGCAGAUUAUUUCACAAGAAGAAUGAAAGCGCCCAGUGAACUGCAGGCCACAUACUGUCUGAAUGCAGUCAGCAUAAUCAUAUUCUGCACUCGAAGUAUGUUCUAAGUGGUGUUAUUUUAGAUCUUGCUAAGUCAUCUAGAGUGCAGCCAAACCAUUUACUGUGCAGCAGUGUAGGAGUGCAAUUACUUGGGUGACACUCAAAGUUCCUUGCUCACUUCAUUUGUCUUUGGCAUGUGUUUCAUCAUCUAUACAACUGAUGAGGCCACAUACCGGUAGUGUGAUUAUAGCAGUUCAUGAUUCAUUGUGUAUACAGGUGGCACACCCUCAAAUGACUAAUCAUAGCUGUUUUCAUAGUGUUUUGGUUAAGAUAAAUGGGACGAAAUGUCAAUAGUAGCCAUGAUUAAGUGAAAUCAGGGGUUUAGCUUUGUGUUUCACAUUUCCUGAUUAACUGGGUACCGUAAAGCCGUGGCAUUAUGGCAAGUGGCACACUCCCACACAGCAUCGGAACAAUAGGCUGGUUUUAUUUAUGCACAUAAAUGCACAUUUGGGGUUAUGAAAUCAGUGUUUCAGAUUGGUAUAGAUUUAUAAUCAGGUUGAAAAGACUUGGCUGAGUCUUGAAAAAGUCUGUUUAUUAGAGCAACACUACUACAGAACACGAAUGUUUGCGUAUGGUGAUGAAUCCAUGGUUAUACAGUAGCUAAAGGAACAUAGACAUUUGUCACAUGUCAGUAUGUGUUACCUGUUCUAAAGAGGCACUCUUAAUAAAGGUAAUGUUUGCCCAGGUCAUGUGAUGUGUUCACAUCCUGGUCACUUAUCUGUAUCUAAAUAUUUCAGACAAAGGUUAGAUGCUGAACUUUGUAAAUAGACUGUAUAUGCAUAUAAAAUAGGUGUUUUCCGUGUGCCAUUUGUUUAAAGUGACUCUGUUGCCCCCAUGUGCUGAACGCUCUGAACUGCAAUGUACUGUUUUUCCGUGUGUGAAAAGGGUGUGUGUGUGUGUGUUUGUGUGUGUAUUUAACCUAAACUUUCUUCUGCUUUCACCGAAUUGCAUUUAUUGUAUGUAUUAUCAUAACUUUAACUCACAAAAGCUUCGUGUUUUAAAAUGUGCACAUUUAUAAUUAGAAGCUGUGUUGUAGCUCUGCACUAUAAUGAUGUCACAAAUCUACUAAUUAGGGGUGAGCGAUAUGGCAAAAAUAUCAUAUCAUGAUACAAUGCACGAUAUAUUGGUUUCUUAACAAAGUGUCAGGGAAAACAUUUAUCUAAAAAUAAACCUAAUUUAUUUGAUGGUACUUUAAAAAAAUCUUAAUGGUUUAAAUAAAUUUGAAACAUUCAAAACAGUAGAUAUUCAAAAUCAGAUGUUACCAGAAUUUUUUAGAAAAGAUAUAAAGUUAUCAAAAGAUACCACGAUGUCUCAGAAAGUGUGUUGUGAUAUUAUAAUCAUCAUAUCGCCCAGUCCUACUACUAACUGAUUUGUCUUUCAGGAUAUUAACCCUGGAUUUAACCCUCUUGUUCUGUUCAUGAUUAGAUGCUCAGCUGAUGCUCAGCUAAAACAACAAUUAACUGUAAAUUUGAUUUAAGAAUACCAUUCAUGUCUUCAUCACACAUGUUAGCAGUAUACUCAAUACUGUAUGGAAAUAGAUGCACAAAACCCUUUUAUAUUAAUAAAUCCACCUAACCCUCUAAUGACCUCUAGCUGACCUUCAUGUCUGACCCUGUUGUCCUCACCCAGUCUCUUCCCUCCUUUUCCCUCCACCCAAACCUCUGAGGAGCCCUGAGAGAAUUGGUCUCCACUGUGCCUGUUUAGAGAUGAACUCUCUCUAGUAGGUUUGGUUUGAGGAGGAGGAAGAAGACAUGGAGGGGGAAAAGGAGGAAGGGCAGGACGCUAAAGGCAGUAUUGCAUUCUGUUUGCAGGCAGAACACGCCGGGACUCGUACGUACUACUUCAGCACUGACAGCUUGGAGGAUAGGGAGGAGUGGGUCCAAGCCAUGAGUGAGGCAGCCAAGGUCCACAUUUCACCUCUGACUAGAAAAGCCUCAGAGUCCAUCCCUACAGACGAGCAGAACCAUGUCCCAGUGACACAAGCACCAGAGACCAACUCAUGUCCAGAAGACGAGGACUCGAGGACUGAGCAACACGGGCCUGAGAAACGCAGAGUAAAUGGGGUAGAAAGAAGAGAGAUACCAGCUCCCACCACACCAGUGUCGACGGAUAUGGACGGCCGGCUUGGGGAGCGGGGAUGCCCACCUCCUCACCAUCCUAACGGAUGGGGCAACUACGGUUCAGGCUACCCUUCCCAGGAGAACAUUAGAGAGGUGCGGGAGGUGCAGCCCGAGCCCCAAGAGAACAUGGUGCUGCGCAGGGGCUUUGUGCCCAGGACGGGACCUGAGAGGAUGGCACAGAGGAAGAGCUCCAUGACACAGCUACAGCAGUGGGUGAACCAGCGGCGAGGCAUGACGCCUCAGGAUGACCUGCGGAGUCCAUCACGGUAUUACACGAUGAACCGAGGCAUUUCAGCAGACUACUACGGCAUGUACGGUGCCCCUCCGUACCCUGAGGAAUACCCACUGUACCCUCCAGGAAUUCGGCCUGACAGCAUCUGCUCCAUGUCAGCUGCGUACGACAGGAUGCCGCCCCGCUGGACAGCAGAGGAAAAGCGGCGUUCGCUGAGGGACACUGCUCUCUAUGGGCCUCCCCGUGAGCCCCAGUGGAUGGUGGGGCCUCCUGGACCACACCCCGCCUAUUACACCCAGCUAGAGUCAACCCAGGGGACCAUGAGGCGUAUGUCGCUGCAGCCCCGCUCACGCUCUGUACCACGCUCGCCCUCUUCAUCAUCGGGAGGUGCCUACUCACCCGGACCCCCGAACUUCAUCUCGCCGGCACGCUCACCCAGUGUGCGGUUCGACAGAGUGCCCGGGCGGCUCCGAGAUGAAGGAAUCUACGCUGAUCCAUCAGUCUAUGGCAUGCGAAGGUCUCUCAGUUCCCCCAAGUAUGAUUUUCCUGGCGAUCGACGAUCUCUCACCCAAAAUGUUUACCAUUACAAUUACCCAGCCUCUCCCUCUGUACAUGGCAAAAUGGAUGACAUUUUAGACCUGCAGCUUCAGAGGAACUUGGAUUACCUCGAUCAGCAGGUGCCUCCAGCGCAUGAUAUUUACAGGGACCUGCAUCCCACGUUGAAGCUCAAUGAAAUUGAGACCAGUAAACUGCUGAAUCGCUUGUUUGAGCAGAACAGGCUUCUGAAGGAGCAGGAAGCUGUAGUACAUCGGCUGCGAAUGGACAAGGAUAACUUGGAGGCCACACUGGUGGCCACACAUCAGGACAUGGAGCUGUGCAGGACUCAGCCACUAGCCAUGGAGAAACUGCAGCUAAAGAAGGAGAGUUUACAGAAUCAGCUCAUCAAUGUCCGAGGGGAGCUCUCUCAGGCUUCCAGUGCUCUGACCAGCUCUAAAAUGGAGUUUGAAGCUCUGGAGGACGAGGUAAACGCUAUUCAUGGUGACCUGUGGGAGCAGCUGAAUUCUGGAGGACAGAGUGAGCUGGUCCACCGACACCUGCAGAAAGAGUUCUGGAGGGUUCAGGAUGUCCUCGAGGGGCUGCACAAGAACAAUCCCUCUCGAGGCACAGACACGGCUAAGCACAGAGCAGUCAGUGCAGCAUCAGGUUCCUUCAGCACAAACAGUCCAGCGAGCCCACUAAGCUCCGUGAGUCUAACCAGCCCCCUCAGCCCUUUCUCACCUGUACCCGGCUCCCAGAAUUCCCCCACAAAACAGCUGGCAACAGAGGAGAUUGGUCCUCCACGGCCCCCACUCCCUAAGUCUUACCAGCCCCUGGACCCCGCCACUAUCAUGCCCCCUGUCCCUCCCCUCCCUUUCAGCAGCAAUGCCUGGCCACGCAGCAUGGACAGCUAUAAGGACGACAAAGACACGCACAGCCGAAAGCACAACUACAGUUCAUUAGAGGAAAAGACCAACGAUUACGACUUGGAGCAAGACAGACAAGGCAAUAAAGUUGGUGUUGUCCCACCCAGGACCAAAUCUCCUACAGAUGACAAGGACGGUGUCCAUAAGAGGAAUGGGAAAGUGCCUAAUGGUCACAUCUCCAGGGAGAGGCCGAAGAGCGCUGUGUUCCCGGCAGAAGUAAAGUCUAAGAUGAGUGUAGAGGAGCAGAAUGAGAGGAUACGUCGGAACCAGAGCAGUUCAGUCAGAGACAAGAGACGCAGCCUUAAUCUAUCUAAUAACCAGAACUUGGAUGGCCUCAAACCUUCUGUCAACUACAGAGUGGUGAGGAGAAGAGUGACUGCCCAUGAGGUGGACAUAAAGGAUCUGGAGGCGGCCGUACGAGGGGAAGGCGUGGAGUCUCCAAGGGAAGAAAUAGCCCGCCUACGGAGACAGGUGGAGCCUGAGAAUUACGAUCUGGAUAUCAGCAAAGAGCUGUCAGCCCCAGAAAAAGUGAUAAUUCCAGAGCGGUAUCUGGACAUAGAGCCCAGAACGCCGCUCAGCCCAGAGGAAGAGAGAGAGAAACAGAAGAAGGUGGAACGGAUAAAGACACUCAUUGCCAAAUCAAACCUGCAGAAUGUUGUCCCGGUGCUGGACGGUCCUGCAGAAGCCCAGGCCAACCCUGAGCAGAAGCUGCAAGAAGAGGAGAAACGCAUCGAGAUCUCCUGCGCUUUGGCUGCCGAGGCCUCCCGCCGCUCCCGGCUGCUCUCUGCCCAGAUCACCCCGAGUCCCCCUGCCUCCCCAACUAACCCGGCCCCUCCCCCUUCCUCUGGCUUCUCUGACUCCUCCCACAUCAUGAAGGUGUGAGUGUGUGAAGCUCAAGCGCUGACUGCUGUCAAGUUCGAUGGUGAACCCUUCUGAGAACGGCAAACAAAAGACAUGUGAAAAAUCACUUAUAUUGUCCCAUCUCCCCCAAACUGUGUAUUUAUCUCAGUUACUGACACAAUAGGAGGAGGAAAUACUACAAAACGUUGGGAAGUUGGAGAUUCGAGGGUGUAAUCUCAGAGACGCGGUACAGAGGUGACUACAAGGAUGCGGUAACAUCCUGACGGUGGGCCUCUCUAGCUCUCAGUCACAUGCUUCUCUCUCUUUUAAGCCCUUCCAUGUAGGACCUAAUGGCAGGACUGUACGAUGGAAACAACACAUAUUGUAACAUAAUGAAAGCUGCAAACUAGCCAGAAAGUGAGAUUUGUUUACACAAACCUAUCUACUCUGUAAUGACUGUGGUGAGCAUUAUACUAAUCCUGAAAAGAUUGGCCAGACACAAGUGAAGACACAAGUACGUCAGUAACAGAGUGACGGCCGAAGAACAGAGACGAAUAACAAGAUACAGUGUUACAGUAGAAAAAGUGAUGGUCCAAGAGGGACAGGAGACAGAUACAACGUCACAGCAAGUGGAGCAAGGAAGCCCAGGAACCGAGACAGGAAGUAGCAGGACCCAGAGCAAUGACUAGAGGAAGUUGACCAAAUCAGCACAUCAGUACCACAGAGUUGACCACAGAGAGACUGAAGACUAACUUUAUAAAAGCUUAGAAUCUAGAUCUGCGACUCAUCCAGUGACCAGAGACUGAUGUCACAUCCUGUCUACAGUGAAAAGGGACCCCAAGCAGAAGCCAGAUAAACUACAGUCAAAAGAGAUCAUCUCGGUGUGAAGCACUUGCAUGGGCACUUCUUUCCUCAAUCCCUUCAUUCCCUCUUUUCAAAGGAGAUCAAGACUCACUGUGACUCCAUAAAUCCUCUUUUUCUUUACUUUAUUUGAAAUAAUAGGGCUUGAUGGGAACGCUGGAUCCCAGUCACCAACAGUCCGGUAUCUUAGAGUUCUGUUUGCACCACAGGUUCCUUAUGUAUCAAUAAACACAGCAUAUACAGUAUAUCUAUAGACAGUGAAAAAAAAAUAUAUAUAUAUAUAUAUAUAUAUAUUAUAUUAAUUUAAUUUGUAAUCAAAGCCAUGUGGAUCUUUAUAAUGCUUCAUUUCUAGUAUUUUAGUUACCAAACGUGGUACCUACAAUGUCUGUGUGUGGGUAAAAUGAUUAUAAUUAAUUAUAAUUAGUAGGCUAUAGAGUUACUGUUGAAAAGUGCCCUUAGAACUGUAAGUCUGCUAGUUAAACAGUGUGUGUUGUAGGGGGGGGAGGGGGACAGCAGCUUGCAUCUCAACGUGUAAAACGUGUGAAAUUACAGCCCAUAAAACCCCUGUGAAUAUGGAGCCCAGUAGUGUAACACUGUGCCAUUGGGUAUUUCGUUUGUCUUUUCGUGCUUAGGCAAACAUAUCCGUUGUGUAAAUAUGGAUCCUGUUUGACGGCGAAUUAAAGAGUAUUUUUGUAUCACUGACGAAAACUGACGAGGAGAAAAAAGCAGCUAGAUUACAGUGCAUCGCAAAGUGACGAAUGAUUUGCCAAACUGUACAUGUCUUUUGUUUUGUGUUUUGAUUCAGCAUUUUGGUACUUAAGCAUAAGACAUCAUAAGACACAAUGAAACCAGACACAAUGUACAAGUCAUUAGGCCAUUAGCUGAUUUUUUUUUUUUUGUGAGUAUGUAUUUUUUUUUUUUUUUAAAGUAAGAUAAGCGUUAAAUCCAAGAUUUUUUGCAUUUUGAGUGCACAUGAUUUCAUGGCGAUUUUCUCUUACUCCUUUGAACUCAUUAGCACAUGCAGCGCAUAACUGAAUCAUCUGAUAACAGGAACAGAGAUAAACGUGAUUAAUGACCCAGAAUUGGAUCAUCAGUUUCACAAAGGAACAAAAAAAAGUCCAAAAAACAGAAAUUCUAUUUUUAUUAUUUCAAAGAAAGGGACAACUAAUGUCAUCCAAAUGCAGUACGUAUUUUUCUAAGCACAUGGAUAUUUAAUGAAUAAGAUGAAGUCUACUCGGCUACAUUUCUAACAGAGAAUUAAGAGUGUUUUGCAUUUUUCAUGGCAGGUUCAAAGGUUGGCAUAUCUUUAUUUUGUUACUCUAAAGCAUCGUUUUUUGACGCAUUAGUUAAAGAUAAUUUUUAAGAACUUUAUUUUUUAUGUAACAGGAUGAAACGUCUCGGGAAUCACAAAAACAGCCAGAGUGGAGCUAUCUAAUAUUUGAAUUAAAAAUGUAGCAAAUAAGGCUAAAAAGGACUAAACAUUGGUCUCUGUACAUAUUUUCAAACCAAAUAUAAUCUGCCUAACAAUUACUGUUGCUACUUUGAGUAAAAUACAGAAAAAAAAAAUGCUUGAACUAUGCAAAUCCAUACAGUCAAUAUGCUUGCUUUAGAAAUGCCCUCAUGCAAUAAAGUGAAUGUAUUUAAAAGUGA